UUGCAAUCUGUAAAUAAAUAUUUCUUUGCAAGAAAAACCUUUAAUUUGUUUUAUUUUUGAGCACUGUUGUUUAAAUUAAUCCAAGUUAAAUUGCUGUAUUUUUUUAGUAUCUUUCUGUCCUGUUAGAAGAGCACCUCUACUUGAAAUCUUUCUUAAACCACGAGCCUUUUGUUUGUUUUGCUGCACAGAAUGGCAGACCUCUGUGUUGCUGUUUUAUUUUUGGGGUGAUGUAUCUUCAUAAUGUCAAAAUUCUGUCUCCAAAAUUGACUCUAAAUAUAUCCUGAAUUUACUAUGAGUUGAACUCUCUUACCUCAAGAAAUUCUUCUAGCAAGUCUUAAAUCUUUAAAAUAUUAUAUGUAAUAAACAGGAUAUUCACUAGAUGGUAAGCCUUGGUGCAAUGGUCUGGUUGCUCUAUUGUGACCUGACGGUCAUAGGUUCAAAAUAUGGAAACAACCUCUCCACAUGUAGGGGUAAGGUAGCAUACAUCUGACCCUUUCUGAACCCUACAAUGGCGUGAGCCUCGUGCAUUAGGCCACCCUAUUGGUAAACGGGGUAUGCACUUUGGAAAUUUUAUUUAAGAAUGCAAUUCAUUUCGGUAUAUUGAUGUUAUGAAAUUGGAAGUUUUAUAUUAUAUUGCAUUGGGAUAUUUUUUUAGGCCAUUACCCAGUUAUGAUCCCGACAAUCUAGGAUUGUGGGAGGGGUGAAUUGGGGAUACUUAUAACAUUUUUUUUCUUGGCACAAAGUGGCUGCCCUAUGACUCAAACCUACGCCAUUGUACUUGUCAGCCUAAGCCUUUACCAUUACACCAAGCAAUGGCCCCUUGGAUUGGAAUACAAAUAAUUUAUACACAUGCAAAUUGUCUAUUCUUGUUUUUUUGAUCUUCUUUUCCUCUGCGGUUGUCUUUUCAUCAAAUGGAACCAUUGAACAUCUAUCUCUUCAUGUCAUUCUUUGACAUGAUUCCUAAACAACCAACCAUGUUCAAACUAUACUCCUACAGAAGCACAAUUCUUUACACAAAUUGCUCAUAUAUCUUUUAGCAAUGUUGUCAUGUUGUUUGAUGCUCAUAUUUACAUUUUCCUUUAGGGUUCGUUUGGUUGCAAAGAAAUCCAUGGAAAAGGAAAAAAGGAAAAACUAAAGAAGUUUCAAAUGGACGGAAAACUAGAUUUUCCAAAAAAAUGAAUUUUCCAAGCAGUUUUAUUGCAUCCAAAACAUUCCCUUAGCUAACUUUUCUUUGAUGGACAGUGUUGAGUAGGAAAAAUGCAUGAUUGUUGCUCCAUGUUAUUUUAUGUUGAUUGUUCUCUUGGUUUUGGUAGAUAUCCAUUUCUAUGUUUUUUUUGGUCAUGAGUCUCUUGUCUGUGUUACUAUGAAAAAUGCUGGUUCCGUAUUGAACCUUAAAUAUCUUCAGAAAACUCCUUGAUUUUGAUUAAUGUUCAUAUCAUUCAAAUCCUUCUUUUUUCUUGAAAUCAAGUGAUUGAUGAACAUUGGAAGACUUUUUGUUUGAUUAUAUAUCGUGCAUUUGACUUUUCUGCAUUUCCUGCUUGUUUGAUCCAUUUCUACUAUGUUGUCAUUUUAAGAUCAUGCUGUCUUGUAGUGUUUGUACUGUGCAAUAUUAUAUGCUCCUCAUUAUCUCAUAGAUAAUGUCGGCCUUAGAACUAACAGCUUCUUGGUUAUGAUGCGCCCAGCAGUAGCAUAUCUGUUUUCUUUUUCCCGCUCUUGUUGCUUAAGCAGAUGGCAUGCUUAUCUACUAUCUAGUUAAUUUGCAAGAUUCAAUAUCAUGAGCCAUUGUUUGCUCUGCAGUGCAACAACUUUAUACUGCUGCUCUCCUGGAAUUUUAACUGACCAAAAGCAAUUAGCUGUCAGAAAUUCAGAGGAACAAACGGUAAUUCAAGGUUUGAAUGGUCGGUGUGAUUCUGGACCAGGUCAUGCCAAAGACGUGAAAUCAACUAGCAAUCAUAGUACUGCCUCAAAUUUGACUACAGUAGGGCAAAGAAGGGUUGAAAAUGAUUCUCAAGUGCUCUCUCCAACGUUGGCAUCAACUAACUCUGUCAUUGGAAUGUCCUUUUCAUCCUCUGACCCAGUUCAUGUUCCAUCUCCUGAUUCCAGAUCAGCUGGAACAGUAGGGGCAAUUCGACGUGAAGUUGGAGUAGUUGGUGUUCGGAGACAGUCGUCUGAUCGUCCAGCAAUAAAAUCUUCAUUUUCAAGUAGUUCAGCUUCAGUUGCAUUAUUGAAGGAUAAUGCUUCAUCAACAGCAAUUUCUGGAAGCUCUGUUACCACAUCAAAGAGCAACCAAUUUACUCAGUCCUCUUCAUUGGAGCCUAUUAUGCCUAGCAUGUCUAUUAGCAGAUCAAUUUCAUCUGGCCAGUCUAUUGGAAAAUUACAUCAUCUGCCUGCGGGCCAUCAGAAAGCAACACAACCCAGCAUGGAGUGGAAGCCAAAACCAAGCCCAAAGCUUGGUACUGUCAGCCCUGGUGUUAAUGAAACAACUCCUCCUCCAUCUUGUGCUAAUAUUUCUUCAGGCUCAAACCAGGAAGAAUUAGCUGGCUUGUCUGAGAAGCUUUCACAAGUUGACUUUUUUGGAGAUGAACAUGUGAUCAUACCUGAACAUCUUCGAGUCCCAGAGACUGAAUGGACACAGCUGAUCUUUGGCAGUUUUGGAGCUGGAUUUGAUUCUACAAAGGGCCUUCCAUCUGCUUUACAGGCACAAGGAAAUGCAGAAGAGUUGAGUGAUGGACCUUCUGCAAGUUUAUCCGCAGCAGUUCCAGCAGGUUCCAGUGAGGAUGCAUCUGCGGCUAAGACAGAUCCAGUGGACUCUCAGUUAGGAACUUCUCGAUCUCAUUCUCCAGCAACAGCAGGAGAAGAGAAAUUGGUGCCUGGAAAGAAGGAUAUUUUAAACCCUCAAAAUAUUGACAGUUAUGCUGAUAUUGGAUUGGUUCAAAGCAAUAGUCCUUCCUACAGUGCAUCCGAACCACAACUACAAAAUAAUCCAAGCUUGCCAAGUUUCACUGCAUAUGACCCCCAAACUAGGUAUGAUCUGCCAUUUUUCAGAACAGCAAUUGAGGAUACUGAACAGGGGCAGGAUAUAGCAUCAGCUACUGAGGUCCACAGCUCGCACCCAACAAACAGCACCCAGAUGUCCAUGGUGACCACGGUGCAACAACAGCAGCCGAUCCAACAGCAGCAACAGCAGGUUGCGCAACUGUAUCCACAGGUCCACAUAUCACACUUCCCUAAUUUUAUGCCAUACCGUCAUGUCUUCUCUCCAGUGUAUGUGCCCCCAAUGGCGAUGCCAAACUAUUCUAGCAAUGCUGCAUACCCUCACCCUCCAAAUGGCAGCAACUAUCUGGUGAUGCCAGGUGGAAACUCCCACAUAACUGCCAGUGGCAUGAAGUAUGCAACAUCACAGUACAAGCCAGUUCCCGCUGGAAGUCCUAAUGCGUAUGGAAGUUAUACCAAUCCAUCUGGCUUCACCAUGAGUGCCCCUGGCACUGUUGGGAGCACCAGUGGUCUUGAUGAAGCAUCCAGGAUUAAAUACAAAGACAACAGUUCAUAUGUCCCAAACCCACAGGCCGAGACUUCUGAUAUUUGGAUCCAGACCCCUAGGGACCUUCCAAAUUUGCAAUCAGCCCCAUUCUAUAAUUUAUCUGGACAAGCAGCGGCACCCCAUGCAGCUUACUUGCCAACCCACGCCGGCCAUGCUUCUUUCAAUGCAGCAGCACAGACUUCUCAUGUGCAGUACCCAGGCAUGUAUCAUUCCCCACAGCCGGCUUCCAUGGCCUCCAUUGCGAGCCCUCAUCCCCUGGUUCACCAGCAAAUGCAACCGGGUUUGGGUGGGAAUGUAGGGGUUGGCGUGGCGGCGCCAGGAGCUCAGGUGGGAACUUAUCAGCAACCCCAACUCGGUCACCUUGGUUGGACGGCCAACUUUUGAAAUAACUCAGUCCAAUCUCCGCCUUGUGAUCAUUUGGAUUUAACCUUUAUAUGUAGGCAGAUAAU